AACAUAAAACGAAGGAUAUCACAAUAGUCAACAAGAUCAAUCAGUACACCCAUUCUCGCACGAAAACGUUGGAGGGCCAAAGUUCAGGUCGUAGGAUUUUAUCAGCAUCGUCUUUGAAUAUUCCAAUCCGCGCAAACGUCGCAGUGCGCUUGUCUCCACGUGGGGGAACAAAAACACUUACGAAUCUGGUAGAAAUUCCUUCGCUGUUCAGCUGACUUAUCACACUACUUAUCAUCAGCUGACUUCAGCUGACUUAUCACACUCCUACUUAUCACACAAUCGUGUGGGGUUAUUUUUGUGUGUUUUCCACGUUUUUUGGAUAGGGUACUGUUGUGGAUCUGUGAGACUGCUGAACGGAUGAUGACAGAUUAGGUGGCAUCAAUAUCGCCCUCCAGAUCCGUUUUCAUUCUCAUCAAUUCCUCGUAAACCAAGCGUAACUCUGUGAUUUUCUCGGGGGUAUAGAAUUUCUCCAUCAAAGUCCAUUUGGCACGUUGGAGCUGCGACGUUUCCAACUUUUGGCACAUUUCAAGUGUUGCAGAAAAUGCUUCAUCACCGGAAUCUCUGGCCUGGUCCAGCUGAUUUUUCCCUGCGGUUUCAGCCAGUGACUUUGCUGUGGACUGCACUAAAUAAAUAUUUCCCUGCACCAUUUGAUCAUGCUUCGUAAUAACUUCAGCGAGAUGGGCCUAAGAAUACAGCAAAAUUUAUUUACGAAGGAUAGGUCAAUAUCAGCUGCUCAGUUCAGUUGAGCACGCUUGCAAAAGGAAGAAAAUUUUCGUAACACACUUCUUUUUUCGUUAUGGUCUCCUUCUUUUCUUCCAAAAAACUGCAGAUAUUUUCAGUGGACAGAUUUGGCUCUCGAAAGAUUUCCUGACAAGUUUUCUGCAGAUAGCGCAGUCGUUCCGCAGCAUCUUUAGCCACCGCAGAGAGCACUACAUCACCUCUUCCAGACGUGUUUUCAAGUAAUUCAGAAAGCUUAUCCUUAGAAUGAGGCUCUGCAGCCAGCUGGACGAAUAGGUCGAGGAUCCUCACGCUGGCUUUCUGAACAGAUGCCACUGACAAUUUUGCUUCAGUAUUUCGUGAUGCUGUAAAAAUUUCGGAUGUUAUCAUUGUAGCGAUUUAAAGCAAGAAUAUUGCAUACAAUUAUAUAAACAGUAAUUAAACGCAAACCGAAACGAUACGAAUACUUACGUUACCUCCUUAUUUUUACACCUACACACUCUAUGUUAACAAAACGUUUAAAUCGCGUAAGAGCCACAAAAGAAAGGAGAAAAACUGAAGUUACUAUUUACUAUUACCUGUUCGCAGCAGUUCUUCGACAAACAAUUCGGGAAUACACGAUGUUCCUUGGGACACAUUUCCGAAAUCAUUCGACAUGUCCGACUUUCGUGAUCUUCUUUGAAGUUCUUUCCUGAAGGCCUUUGUGCGGCUGUUAGCCAGAUUUAGCCAGGCGCGCCAAUGGAGAAUUUUCCCGUAUAUCCUAGGAUAUCAAAUUUGACAAAUUAAUAACAGUCUCAAGACUCUCAACUUAAAACCAUAAAAACCACCUUUUUAGAAAUGUUUUCAGUUUUUAAUUUGGCAAAUUUGGUCUGAGGUCUCCCAUACAUACAUCGCCGCUACGCGUACGCUCUGUAAAAGUGUGUAAAGUGUAAGCACUGCCACUAACCAUGGUAAGCAUAACGAACAAUGAAACCACUCCUUUAAAUGUGUAGCGUAACCGCCGCCUCCAGUGUGGUACUUUAAACAAAAAAGUUUAAAGGCAUAAAGAAUUUAAAAACUGUCUCAUUUAAUUUCGACGUGCUUUCAGUUUUUUAGUUUUCCUUGUGUUGCACCCUAUACUCGUACGUGUUAUAAAUAUGGAUUGUGAAUUUGUGGCAACCGUUAUACCAGCCGCAACUGUUUCGGCGGCUCAUGAAGCGGUUUUGUGACAGCCGGCAUUUGUAUGCCUUUGGCAUGUUUGGUGCACGAGGAAUGCCUCAUUUCCUGCUUGUGGCUUCUGCUUGAGCUCGCUAAAGAUGGAUGUACAGUACACUGUUACUUUUUCAAAACUGUAAUCUUGAAUGAGUAUGCAUACUAGUUUUCUGCUCCUGUGAUCUUGUGGCCUGUCACAUUUUCCUUUAUUUGUGCUAAUUUAAACGCACUCAAAGCCUAGUCGUCAGCUGUAACUAGCGGUUGCCCGUACUGAGAUAUUGAAGCAUCCUCUUGGAGCUGGAGCGUCGUUCAUCUGGAGUUGCAGGACUGUGAAUAAAUCUUAACAAGAUGCCUUUUUACGCUGUGAAGAAAGGGAAGAAACCAGGAGUUUAUGAGAAGUGGAACGAUUGUCAGCAACAGACUAUUGGAUUCCACGGUGCACAGUUCAAAAAAUUUGACACCCGGGAGGAAGCUGAAAGUUUUGUGUCCGGAACUAAUCCGGGAAAAACUGCUUCGACGAAGGCAGCAACCGGAAAAAGAGGAGCAGCUUCCAAAUCAAAACGUGAGGACAGCGCCAGUGAAUCGGAGGAAUCUGAAUCCGAUCAGGAGUCGGAUGAUUCUGAGGAUGAAUCGGUCCCGUCAAAAAAAGCAAAGACCAGUAACCAAGCCACAUCCAAGGGUGCAGGUGGAGAGCAGGUAUACGUUGACGGAUGUUCCUUCAAUUUGGGUAAACAGCCGGUCGCCGGGGUGGGCAUCUACUGGGGCAAGGAUUCACCCAACAAUUUAUCGGAACCUCUUGCUAUUUCCGGAAAAAUUACUUUGAAUCGUGCGCUAAUUCAUGCAGCUAUUCGUGUUGUGAAUCAGAUAAAAAAGCUUGGGAAAAGCGAUGUCACUAUUAACAACGACAACUCCAACUUGAUACAAAGUAUGUCUUCUUGGGUAAGCAAAUGGAAAUCGAACGGAUGGAAAACAAAUGCUGGAACAGACGUGGCAAAUAAGGAAGAUUAUCAAGAGUUAGCGAAAGCCGCGGAAGGACUGCAAAUAUCAUGGAAUCUCGCUGGUGCGGAUGCUGACGAACAGAAACACGCCGACAAGUUAGCUAACGAAGGUGCACGGAAGAAAUCCUGAACAGAUCCUGCAUAGCUUGUAUUACUGUAUGAUGAGCCGCUGGUUUGUAAUAAUCGUAAGUAAUUUCGUAAAUGGAUCGAUUGAGUAUGAGUUGCACUUUACUUUUGAUUGAAACGAUGCACAGUUUGGCUUGCGGCAAUUUUAUAUAAGAGACUAAAGGCACUGCAAAAGUGAGAAUUUUAUUUCUGUGUUGGGGUUGAUGGAUGUCCAACACACCGUAGUUUUAAAAACUGAAAUAGAUCUUUGCCGGUUUGUUAGAAUCUUCUUAUUUGAUGUCGGUACGGUCGAUUACUUGUAAACAAUGCUUGUGG